ACAAAAAUAAAGACUACACCCAAAUUGAUAUUUGUUAUUAAAUAUAAUAUAUUUACUACAGUUAUUUGUGGAUAAUUGCAAAAUAGCUUUGAAUAAAAAUGAGAUCAAAAUCCAAGACUGGACUAUUUGCGUUGGGUUUUUAUGUGUUUGCUUCAAUUUUUAUUCUAGUUGCAUUUGUUAGCCCAUAUUGGCUGGUUACCGACGGAAAACUAAAGGACCCAAAAUUUAUUAAAAUUGGUCUUUGGGAAGUAUGUUUUAACGGUUUUGAAGAAGUACAUCACUGGUAUGACACUGUAUUUAAUACUUGUUGGUGGAUAUUUGAAGAGGAGUACUACAUAAUACAUGAUGUUCUUUUGCCUGGAUUCUUUAUAGCAACUCAGUUCUUUUUUACAAUCACAAUGUGCUGUAUUAUAAUUUCAUCAUUCUUGUCAUAUCAGUUUUUAAAAAGGGAGGAAGAUGAUGAAAAUUAUGUCACUCUUUUAUUGACUUUUGGAACAAUUCUCGUAAUUGGUGGUUUUUCAGGUUUGAUAUCUGUAAUAAUAUUUGGGGCCCGAGGAGAUGGAAGAGAUUGGAUGCCUCAUUGGGAACACAAUGAUCUCGGUUGGGCCUUUGCUCUUGGCGUGAUUGGUGUAUUUUUCUUAUUCCCUGCAGGAAUACUAUUUUUAGUAGAAGCGAGAGUCAGAAAGUACAAAAGAUUACAUGAAAUGCAAAGCAGGGAGCCGUCAUCCUACGGCAUGCGCGAAAGGAAAGUUGCAUUUCCUGGUCACACUGAUAUUUAAGCUAGCUUCAACAUGUUCUCAUGAUUGUAAAUUGAAUCUCUGUCCAACAUACUACCAUUCCGUCCUUAAAUAUGACUGGUUUUUACUUUUUUUGUAUUAAAUGCGUUUAUUAGUUUAAGUAAGCAUAAGUUGAAUAAUAAAAUGAGCAUAUAAAA